CUCUUCCUCCUCCUCUCCUCCUCCUCCUCUCCUCCUCCUCCUCUCCUUGACACUCCCAUCAUCGUCGCCUUCACGUCGUCGCUGCUGCUGAACGAAAAAUCUUCUUUUCCUCCUCGUCCUUCUAUUUUCUUUUCAUCGUUCAGCCAUUACGGAUACCUGUCACUCCUUUCAGGUCCGAUACUUUCAUUCGGCUCAACAACCAGCUAUUACAAUCUCGACUUCACACUCAUUUUCUGACCAACGACACCCACCGAUCUUCAUCCAACGCUAGUCCAACAACAACACGACAACCCCGCGCCUCGAGCACCAUACUCUCUAUUUCCUGCCAGUUACAGCGAACCAUUAUAUACCGAGUCAACACGCUCCUCUCAUUCUCGACGUUCCUCACACACGAACCCGCCCGACCAGAUCUCUCCAUCGACACACCGCCGCUCUCCGAACUUCGGCAAGUCUUCGACCACGGCAACCACCGCAACACGAACCCGAGAGUGACCCGUAACCCUUUGUUUACCUGGCAGGCUGCGUCCACGACCGGGCCACCACCCGCUUCCCGGCGAGCUCAGACACCAUGUCCGAACAUGGGGACAACGAGCCGAAAAAGAUGGCCACGCCGUCCCCGUCUCCCUCCGCCUCGGCCACAACCAGCAACUCUGCCUCGCGACGCCCGCCGCGGAAGAGCACCCUGACGCAGCAGCAGAAGAACCAGAAGAGACAGCGCGCGACCCAGGACCAGCUGGCCACACUCGAGCAGGAGUUCCUCAAGAACCCGACGCCGACUGCGUCGGUGAGGGAACGGAUCGCGGAUGAAAUCAACAUGACGGAGCGCUCGGUGCAGAUUUGGUUCCAGAACAGACGUGCCAAGAUCAAGUUGCUGGCUAAGAAGGGCAUUGAGGGCGGUGAGGAUAUCGAUAACAUUCCAGAAGGCAUGCGUCAGUACCUUGGCCUACAAACUAUGGAGUCUGGCAGGCCUAUGGGCGCAAACUUCAUGGGGCGCGACGGACUUGUGUCUUAUCGCGCAGGAGGCAUGAUGGGUGCUGACCAGGGCCCCCAGGGCAAAGUUCUCAUCCACCAUUUCCACUGUAGGUCCCUGCAGAUUGGAACCUGGAAACGAAUUGGCCAAACUAUGAUGGACCUUAUCAUUUUCUACUCGCCCAAGAAGGAGUGCAUGACGUACUAUAUCAACAACGACCAGGCUGGCUACAAGAUCGAAUACCCUUUCGCAUACAUCAAGAACAUAUACCUGGAAAAUGGCGAUAUUGACGGAGGAAGUCAAGGGGGACUAGUCGUGGAGCUUAACCGGCCCCCGAUGUUUUUCAUGGAUUGUUCUGGAUCAGGCGGGUUUGUUGAUGUUGGGGAUUUCACAGAGGAGCACCAAGCGUCGCAAGUUUUAAUACACAGGCUUGGAGGACACCCGAAGGUCCUGAGUGGACAACUAGCUAAGCUUGCCAACCUGGAUUCAUUCAUCAACCGUCACAACCCAUUCGAGUCUCAGCACCAGUUGGCCGUUUCGGCGCCCAACUCUCCAAUCGGACACCGCCCCGCAUCCCAACCAAACUACAACGCGCAGGCACACGUCGGCAUGUUCCAGGAGCAAUGGGGUAUUGGCGUCCACCCCGGCGCACGCGGACCAGGUCACAAACGCCAAAGGAGUAGAUCCGUACCGACGGCCAUCGACUUCUCCAUGUUCAGCGCGCCUAUGCCGUCUUUCCUCAUCCAGCACCCCGGCGAGCAUCAAACGCACCACAGCCCCAACAUCUUCGCGCCUGUCCCGCAACAGCCAAACAACCUUACCCCGAUGGGCUCGAACUUACGGAUCGAUACUUCGACGGGUUACGGCAUGGAUUUCAGACAAUACCCCAUGUCCGCCGCCACGACGACCCCGCCAUCCGACUACGCAAGCCCCUCCUUCUACUCCCAAGGUCCCGAGACCGGCCCACUCCAGGCAUCCAGCUACAAUACUCCCUACACCGUCCCCUUCCUCUCCCCCAUGGUCGACCCCUCCUCCAUAGUCCCCCCCUCGGUCUCACCCCUCUCCUUCAUGAGCCACGGCGACCCCGCUAUCGUCGACCAAUCCCCGCCACUCUCCAUGAUGCACCGCUCCGGUUCCGCCGACGCCUACAACAUGAACCACGCCAGCCUCUCCGACGACGGCUCCGGGCUCAACGAGAUGUACUCCAAACACUCCCUCACCCUGCCCAUGCACCAGAACUCCCCGUCACCCGCAUACCUCGAGCAAUCGCAGGCAGACAUGGAGAUGAACCAGCUUGUCGAGUUCGAACCCAUAGACCCGGCAGGCCUAUCCCCCGAACCGAACUCGGGACACAGAUGAUGCCUUAUGACACCCCACUGACGGCCUUGGUUUCGCGGGUUCCUACGACGCGGUGUUUUUCAUUCUUGGGAUCGGAGUGCGUAAGAUUGGAACGGGAAACAACGGGGAGCGGAUUUUCGUUGGCGUUUUGAAACGUUGGGUUUGUUUGGAAUUUGGGUUUUUAAUGGGGCGGGUUGUCGGGGAUCUGGGGAUUCAGCUAAGGGCUGUUGAUAACUCGUGUUUUUUUGCUUUUACGGCCGAUGUUGUUUUUUUGCUGCGUUUUGUGAGGGUUAUUGUGUUCCCCCACUCACGUCGCUACCUAUCUACCCCUUUUUUUGUUCUGUCUGGCACAGCGAUUUAUUCAUCAUAUCAUAAUUCGUCCUUUAUUUUUUGUCUCAAAAACCCUACUCACCAAUAUCUUACUUCUUGCGGUACGGAAAUCUUCGAGCUUUACGUUUUUGUUUUGCCUUUUUUGACAACCUUUUUUUGUUCCCUUUGUUCAACACUAGUUUCUUGCGAGUUGCGCGUUUUUUUGAUGGCAUUGUUCAGUUUUUGAGGCAGUGCAGUGCAGUUGUGCAGUCUUCGAGCAAUACGCGGAGAGAGAGCAUUUAUAUAUACCCUUUCUGUAUGGAAGACCGCGGGGAUGGGAGUGGUGGUGGAUGAUUAUGAAGUUGGCGAAGUGGAGGAAGUGAUCAACCACUUAGAGAGAGAGCGGGGGAAGGGAGAGCUGGGACCGCAAGGGCCCCGCGGCGGACGGGCAAACGGCGGUGAAUAAACUGCCGGCUGCCACGUCCGUUGCUACCCCCUGUGGUGCCCAGGCUAUUAACCUGGAUGGGGGAUCUUUUAUCUUUGAAACAAACUUUUUUUUGUUCCCUUUUUUUUUUUUCGGG